UUUGAUUUUAUUUGCAAUAAUUUUUUUUAUAUUUCUUUAAAAUUUAAAUUAUACUUGUGGAAAAAUGAUAUCGUUUAACUUAAUAUUGAUGUUGCUGGUUUCUGUAAAGACUGUGGAAUGUGCAGACGACCAAAUUGAAGCACGUAAACUUUCAAUAAACUCAAAAAUCCACAUUUUCCUUCUCAAAUUGAUGGGAAAAUAUGAAUUGUUAACAACAGAACCUGAAAUAAAUUCAACAACUACACUUCCGACCACAACAACUCAACCAACUACAACAACCACCAGAAAACCAAGAAAGACAAAAACAACAACAACAAUAACACCAUUAAGUACCACAACUGAUCUUCCAUAUGUUGUUGCAGAAAAUAGAAUGCGAUUCGUACCUGGACGUGGUUUGGUAAAUGAACGAGUUCCAGUCGUGGAUUGGGAAAAUAAGAUGUAUCUGUCAUGGAUUAAACAAGGAAAAAUUGAUGAAUUGCCAAUUGGUCUAUAUAAGUUGUACACGACAACAAUGAGAACAACAACAACUUCGAGAAUAUUAACUGAUAGCGAUUAUUAUAGUGAUAGUCGAGAGAGCAAUUGAAUAUAAAAUAAAUGUGACGCAUUAACAAUCCUGA